AUGGCGGCCAUGGAGGAGCUGCAAAUCCAUAGCAAGUCCUAUUUCGUACGCUGGAUCAAUGUCAGCGCCGGCCACACCAUUUCAUGGAGUAUCCAACCGCAUAAGAAAUCCGUGAACUUUGGAAUCUUCAAGCAUCCUGGACAAUCGUCACUAGCCUCUCAUUUGCCCGCUUCCGAUUCCCAAAGUACCGAUUCCAAUGAGAACCUCCCCGCCACGGCGAACCCCGGUUCCCGCAAUCAGCAGUCCACCGUCGUCGAGAAGCUGACGGCCAUUGGUCUCAAACCGAUCAAAUGGAUUGGGAAAUGUGAAGCCGACAAGAUUUCCAAGGGAACACACGAUGUACCAGCUAGUGAGGCCGGGAAUUACGCGCUUGUAUUCGACAACACCUUUUCCAAACAAGUCUCAAAAACAGUCACCCUUGUUCUGCUUACCUACCCCACCGGCUUGCAACCCCAUGCUUCUGUGGCUCCCAUAGCACAGUCUCAACAAGGAGCUUCUACGGAAUCAUUACCACAGCCCGUUGGUCGUCGACGAGGCAAUAGCCGGGCUACCCUGCACGCGCAACGAUCCGACUUGUCGACCCCAUCGAAUAUACAUUGCGGGAUAUUGCAGAAGCGACGGAGAAAGCGACACCAGGGCUGGGCACGUCGGUAUUUCUCCUUGGAUUUUAUCUCAUCUACUCUCUCUUAUUACCACGAUCCCAACUCGUCCGCUUUGCGCGGUGCGAUUCCGCUCUCGCUGGCGGCCGUGGCAACCCACGAGAAGUCCCGCGAGAUCUCAAUUGAUUCGGGCGCCGAGAUCUGGCAUCUCCGUGCCAGCAACGAGCAAGAGUUUGCCAUAUGGAAGCAGGCUCUGGAGAGGGCUUCCUCCAAGGAUGCAUCACAAAACAAUGGGUCGCUUACUAUUGGCCCCCCAGAGCUACGGUUGACCAUGCCACCGUCCGCUUCUCCGGAGGAAGAACGGGAAUGGACCCGGGUCGAGAGUCUGGUGAGCAAGGUCUCUGGCACCCGCGAUGCGGUGCGCCGGCUUGCCAAGGAUACUGAUCCUAAAUAUCUUGUGACGUCGCCGCUCCCGUCUCCUAGGGAGCCUCGGAGCCGGGGUCGGUCUCCGAGCCCCCAUCCUCCCGGGACUGACUCUCAGGGGGAUGGAAGGCGCCUUUUCUGGAAACGCAAGACGAGCGGAAACUCUACAUCUAGUGGCAAGCAACCUAGUACUAAUAUCUCCCAGCUGGUAGUGCCGGCUGGCUCUGGCAAGCCUGCCAGUAUCAUUAGCCAUACGGAUGGGAUGGGUGAUAUGCAUGAUAAUUUGAUGGCUGUUCUACGCGAUCUUGAUAAUGUGGUAUCGGAAUUCUCGACCCUGAUUUCGGCUAGUAAGCAACGUCGAAACCCGCCCCGAUUCUCUAUGGUGCCUCGGCGCAGUAUGGAGUCAGAUAUGUCGCAGGAAUUCUUUGAUGCUCCGGAUGGGGGUGCUUCGUCUCCACUUUUGACCAUUCAAGACAGCGACGAUGAAGAAGACUCAACCGAGAAUCGACCUGCCCCAGCUGCUGAGGAUGUUGAGGACGAUGCACCCUCGGACAGCGAUGAUGAACCCGAGUCCACUCCCCAUGAUGGCACCAGUGCCUCGCCACUCUUCCCAUCUCGCGCGAAAUCUCUGGUCCCAUUGCCUCUAGAUGCUGUAUCUCGGCGCCAAAACAUUACGGCACCAACCGUAAUGCCGCCGAGUUUGAUCGGGUUCCUGCGCAAGAACGUUGGCAAGGACUUGUCUCAAAUCUCAAUGCCUGUAUCCGCCAAUGAACCGAUGUCAUUACUGCAACGUGCGGCGGAGAUUCUGGAAUACUCUUCGCUUUUGGACAAAGCCUCUCAGAUAUCAGAUGCUGUCGAGCGGCUGAUGUAUGUAACCGCAUUUGCCAUCUCCUCCAUCUCCAGUGUCCGAGUGCGGGAACGAUCCAUUCGCAAACCCUUCAAUCCCAUGCUUGGUGAAACAUAUGAACUUGUCCGCGAAGACCAAGGAUUUCGUUUCAUUGCUGAGAAAGUUUCUCACCGGCCUGUGCAGCUGGCCUACCAGGCCGACAGCCGUGAAUGGAGUCUCGCUCAAUCCCCCAUGCCUAGCCAGAAGUUUUGGGGCAAGUCUGCUGAAAUCACUACUGAAGGCCGCGUGCGCAUUACCCUGCAUGCUACCGGUGAACACUUCAGCUGGGUCCCCGCCACCUCCUUCCUGCGCAAUAUCAUCGCUGGCGAGAAGUAUGUCGAGCCUGUCGGCGAGCUGACCGUCUACAACGAGUCCACAGGACACCGCUCCAUCUCAACUUUCAAGGCUGGUGGCAUGUUUUCCGGCCGCAGUGAGGAAGUUUCCACUCGUACCGUUGACUCCUACAACAAAACAGUGUCGCUUGGUCUGACAGGUACCUGGCCUUCAUCCGUGACGCUGACCCGUGACGGUUCGCCGUCUGGUGAUCCUAUCUGGAAAGCCGGUCCACUCGUCCCUAAUGCUCCCAAACACUACGGUCUGACAUCCUUCGCGGCUACACUCAACGAGAUCACAUCCAUUGAAGACUCGCACCUUCCACCCACUGACUCUCGUCUCCGACCUGACCAGCGUGCUCUUGAGGAAGGGGAUCUGGACCGCGCUGAAGAAGUCAAAGUCCAGCUGGAAGAGGGCCAACGUGCCCGUAGACGUGAGAUGGAAGCCGCCGGUGAGAGCUGGACUCCGCGCUGGUUUACGCCCGUCAACGAGGACUCCGAUGGAGAGGUGGUCUGGCGUCUCAAGGGCGGCAAGGAUGGGUACUGGGAUGAACGUGCACGAGGCAAUUGGACAGGUGUUAUUCCGGUGUUUGAAACUUGA